AUGUAUUGUAUUAUAUUUCAUGAGGGUCGAGGAAAAUCUAUUCAUUAUCUAUCUAUCUAUCUAUCUAUCUAUCUAUCUAUCUAUCUAUCUAUCUAUCUAUCUAUCAUCGUUUAUUCAAUACCCAUCUAUCUAUCUAGCUAUCUAGCUUUGUUUCUUCCGUAUCUAUCUAUCUAUCUAUCUAUCAUCUAUCUAUCUAUCUUCGUAUAUUCAGUAUCUAUCUAUCUAUCUAUCUAUCUAUCUAUCUAUCUAUCUAUCUAUCUAUCUAUCUCUUUUGAUUUAUUCCUUAUCUAUCUAUCUGUCUAUCUAUCUUGUAUUCAUCUAUCUGUCUAUAUUUUAUUCAAUAUCUAUCUAUCUAUCUAUCUAUCUAUCUAUCUAUCUAUCUAUCUUCGUUUAUUUAGUACCCAUCUAUCUAUCUAUUUAUCUAGUUUCUUCAGUUUCUUCAUUUAUAUAUCUAUCUAUCUAUCUAUCUAUCUAUCUAUCUAUCUAUCUAUCGUUUAUUUACUAAUUAUUGUUCUAUCUAUCUUUUAUUCAUAUCUAUCUAUCUAUCUAUCUAUCUAUCUAUCUAUCUAUCUAUCUAUCUAUCUAUCUAUCUAUCUAUCUUCCAUUAUUCAUAUCUAUCUAUUUAUCUAUGUAUCUAUCGUUUAUUCAUCUAUCAUCAUCUAUCUCUCUCUUUCUCUCUCUCUCUCUCUGUCUCUCGAUGAAACCAUAUUUUUAAAUCCAUUAAUUUUAUAUAUCCUCGUUUAUUCAAUAUCUAUCUAUUUAUCUAUCUAUCUAUCUAUAAACCGUCAUCUGUAUAUAACUGCUUUCUAA